CUUAAUUACAUAUUAAUGUUCUGUACCAAGCGGCUUGUGCGGGCACUGCACCCCACCUGCACGUAAGCGCUGAGACUCUGGUCGCCUAGGUCUACAUCUGAAUGCUUGGUAGUCAGUAAAAAUGCUGAGCAAGGUCCAGUUGCCUCGACGGGCUGGCCGCGCGAACAGCGCAACGCCUGUGUCAGCUCGGUACUCGGACUCGGCCAACCGGCCAGGAGGUCGCGGAGGCGGCCAACCGGGCCGGGGAGGUGGAGGCAGGGGAGGUGGCUCAGGCAGGGGCUCAUCGUCGUCGACCGCGCCGAAGGAGCUCCUCACCCCGGCCCAGUACUGGCCGUCGUUUUGGACCCGGCUGUUCACCGGUCUUCCGCUGGGGCCAGUGGAGCCGCGCCAGUUGGCUAAUGGACAUGCGGCGCGGCCGGGUUACAGCGCCGCGGGCAAGACCAUCCAGGUGCUCACCAAUCACGUGCCGCUCAAUGUGGGCGUCCGCACCGUGCAUCAGUACGACGUGCGCAUCAGCCGCGUCGCCAACAGUGCCCCGACCUCCUCAGCAGCAGCACCUUCGGGGCAGGGGGGCGGCAAGCCCGGCCGCGGCCGCAAGGAGGCCAAGGUGUCGGGGCAGGAGGCGCAGGCGGUCCUGGUGGCGCUGCUGGGCGACACAGGCGCAGGGGGCUCUGGAGCGGCCGGGGGCGUCUGGGUGUUCGACGGCAGCCAGGCGCUGUACGGCGUGGAGGGCGACCUCAGGCGCAGGGCGGCCGCAGCUGCGGCGGGCGCCGGCGGGGCCGGGGGCGAUGGGGAGCUGCAGGUUCAGCUGGCAGCGGCGCCCACGACUGGUGUUGUCGGCGGCACAUACAAGGUGGACCUGAAGCUGGUGGGGGCGCUGGACGUGGCAGAGUGCCUGAGGGAGGCGGCGCAGAUGCCGGGGCCGACAACACGCCGGCCGCCGCCCGACGAGGAACAGCCCGAGGGCUCGCCCGCGCCAGCGGGUGUGCUGCCGCCGCCGCCCGCCCCCCCAGCCACGUCCGGCGCCGCCGCACUGGCGGUGUUGGACCUUGUGACUCGGGCGGGGGUUGCGUGGGACGUGGCCUCGGUGCGCACGGGCGGGGGCUCCUACGUGUCCUACAAGCAGGAGGACGCCAGCGGGCCGGUGAAGGGCCUGCUGCCAAUGAAGCUGCUGCGCGGCUUCCGCUCCGCUGUGGCUCAGGUGGCGGCCGGCACCACCCUCACCAUUGAUGCCGCGAGUGCGGUGGUGGCGGGCGACGGCCCCCUGCUCGGCCAACUGCAGGCUGCGCUAGCGGCGGGACGGGACGUGUCGGCGCUGGCGACGGAGCUGGGCAACAGCAAGAACGCCCGGCGCCUGGAGGAGGCGCUGGUGGGGCUGGAGGUCCAGCCCAGCUACACCGCCAACCGCUACAAACUGUCCGGCAAGUUGGGCAAGUCCGCCCGCAGCCUCGCAUUUGAGUUCGAGGGCCGCAAGAUCAGCGUCCAGACUUACUUCAAGGAGCGGUACGGCGUGUCGCUGCAGCACCCCGACCUGCCCUGUGUGCUGGACAAGAAGGGCGGCGCACUGCCCAUUGAGCUGCUCACUGUGGUCAAGUACCAGAAGCGCAUGUCGCGGCUUGACGCCCGCCAGAAGGCCGACUACAUCCGUACAGCCGCCCUCAAGCCGGCAGACCGCAUGAGGGCCAUGCGGGAGGCACUGACGCGGCAGCUGGGCUCGGUGCGGGGUCAGGUGGCGCGCGCGUUUGGCCUGGCGCCGUUCAACGACAUGCCCGACUUCCUCAAGGUGCCGGCGCAGCUGCUGCCUGGCCCGCUGCUGCAGGUGGCCAAGCAGCAGGCGGUGGAGCCCGGCAACAAGGGCGAAUGGGCCGGCGGCGGCGUGGCGGUGGCGCCGGAGUGGCGCAGCGGCGCCGUGCUGUGCUACCUGAGCCAGUCGGAGGGGCAGGCCCCGCUGUCGGGCCUGCUGGCCGCUCUGUCCAAGGCACUGUCCGCCUCGUCCGCCAGCGCCCUGCCGCCCAACAUCCCCGUCAUAUGGGCCUCGCUGCCCAAGCCCGGCAUGUCGCCCGACAAGGCCGCUGCGGACGCGGAGUUCUGGCUCAACCGCGCGGCGGCCAAGGCUCAAGAGCAGUACAAGCGGCAGGCGCAGAUGGUGAUGGUGGUGCUGCCGGACAGGGGCGGCGUAGGCCUGUAUGACGCCAUCAAGGCGGCAGGCGACGGCAAGUUGGGAGUGGCCACCCAGUGCGUCAACCCGGCCAAGGCGGGAUUGGUGGGCCCCAAGGCCUCCUCCGGCCCCUCCUUCUCCUACGCGGCCCAGUUGGCGCUGUCGGUCAACGCCAAACUGGGCGGCGCCACCACGAGGCCGGCAGGCAGGCCCAAUGACUGGCUGCCGCUGCUGGGCGGCCGGCGGCUGAUGGUGCUGGGGGCCGACAUCUCGCGGGGGGCGGCGGCGGCGCUGUCGGGGCGCGGCGGCGACCAGCAGCUCGCAGCGGCCGAGGCGGAGUCGGAGGCGCAGGUGUCGGCUGGAGUCGAAUACGCUGCUGUUGUGGGGUCGGCAGACAGCCACGCGGUCGACUACCGAGUGCAGCUGAGUGCGCAGGUGGCGGGCAACCGCGACAUAGUUGUCAGCAUGCGCGAGAGUGUGCGGCGGCUGCUGCUGCAGUACGGCUUGCCUCAGGGCGGGGCGGUCGCGGCCGGCGGCCCCCGGCCCUCCUCCGAGCUGCCAGAGGUGGUGCUCAUGUACCGGGACGGGCUGAGUGAGAGCCAGUUCGACCGGGCCCUGGCGGAGGAGUUUACCGCCAUUGUGCAGGCCUGCGCCGACGUGGGCGGUCCGUCCUACCGGCCGCGCAUCUGCUUCGUGGUGGUCCAGAAGUCCCACAACACCCGCUUCUUCCCCACCUCGGCCGAGUCCACGCACAAGAGCGGCAACGUGCUGCCGGGCACCGCUGUGGACCGAGGCGUGACGGACCCCCACGCCUUCGACUUCUUCCUCAACUCGCACGCCGGCAUACAGGGCACCAACCGGGCGCCCAGGUACACUGUGCUUGUGGACGAGGUGGGCUUCACGGCGGAGGCGCUGCAGCUGCUGACCCACACGCUGUGCCACACAUACCCGGCCUGCACCAGGGCGCUCUCGCUGCCGCCGCCUGUGCGCUACGCCGACCGGGCGGCGGACCGCGCACGCACACUGCGGUACAUGGUGCCGCGGCCGUCUGGCAAGCAGGGCCGCGGCGUGGACUGGUACCAGAUGCUGCCGACGCUGCCGCACGCAGGGCACGUGGUGUAGGCUGAGAGAAGGCAUGCCGUUUUGCUAGGCCGAGGGGCGCGCACGUACUACACGCACGGAGCACAGAGGGAUGGCCUGUCUCGUUGCUGGUGUGCGUGUGUAAGUGGAUUGUGUGUGUGGGUGCUCUUGACCGAAGCGGGGCGUGUGUUCUGGUUCACCAACACAGCCGAAGCACGCAUUGACGUGCUGCGCCCUGCUGGCCAUGCUGAGUGCGCACAAUCCUGACGCAUUAAGUUGGACUUUGUGACCGGUCCAGUGGUGUGCUGUGGCAGUCCAUUAAAUUAAGGCUAGCCCUCUUACACCAUUUCGCCUUGAUUAGGCGAAGACCAAACGCAUUGUUGCUUUGUGUGGCGAGUGCCAGGGAGCCUCGGCCUGCCUCGGCUGCCCCCCGUCGGGCAAGGGUGGGAUGUAUGCUGUGCAUAUGAUAAUGCCGGAUGUUACUUCGGUGUGGAUGCCAGCCGAGGAGAACUGUCGGGGAAGUCAACGGGGUGCCGGCUUCCUAGAGUGGGGCGAUGCAGGGCUUAUCUCGAUCUUACCAAAAGAUAACAUG